AUGUCUGCUGCUGUCGCCACUGACUUGAAUUCGGAUAUCAUUCGUGGUAACCGUCGUAAGUCUGUUCCCGAAGAGACUUACAACAAAGCUUUAGCUCGUACUUUUCUUCAAUUAGAAGCCAAGUAUGGGUCUGUUGAUCACAUCAAGUUUGACCCAGAUGUGCACUUGGCUUACUAUGCUGGCUCCUUGGAAGACAAAGCCCGUUUUCACAGUAUUAGAAGAAUCACCAUGGAAGAAUUGAAGUUGACCAAUGCAAAGCAAAUCUCUCCAAUUGGUGUAACGGACGCUUUCCCAUUGUUCACCGAGGAAGCCAUCGACAUCAUGAAAUUGGAGGUAUUGCGUAAGCUGACAUUUUUGGAGCAUGCCAGAUACUCGAAUUCUUCCACCUCUGGCUUGGAUUGUAUGGUUAGAGGCUACGUUAAGGACAACGAGAAGAUUAUUAACCCAUUCAUUUACGAUGCUUGGACCCAUCCAAAAACAAUGGAGUUGGUGUCAUUAAUGGCUGGAGUUGACUUGGAAAUUGUUAUGGACUACGAAAUCGCUCAUGUUAACCUCGGAGUUUGCGACGAGGGCACUGCCGAGGAACAACGUAUGGCUCACGAACAAACUAAGCGGGAGAAGGUGUUUGCUGGAGAAGAAGAUGGCAGUGAUAUCCCUGCUAUUGUUGGAUGGCACCACGACUCCUAUCCCUUCGUGUGUGUGCUUAUGUUGUCUGACACUUCCGAAAUGAUCGGCGGUGAGACUUAUCUCCGCACCGGUGACAACAAGAUUACUAAAGUUUCUGGUCCAACCAAGGGAGCUGCAGCAAUGUUACAAGGCCGCUUGAUUUCUCACUUGGCUCCAAAGCCAGUUGGCGCCUCUGAAAGAAUCACAAUGGUGACUUCAUACAGACCAAAGGAUCCCGAGUGUCACGAGGGUUCUGUUUUGUCCACAGUGAAACCAGAGAUUGAGUACGGAUCAAUCUACAACUCUUUCUACCGUCAAUGGGUGCAAUAUAGAGCUGACUUGGUCAAGAAGAGAUUGGAUAAAUUAAUCGACAAUGUCAAGUCUAAUGAGGUGUUUGACAAGGAAGGGGUCACUAAGUGUCUUACAGACAUUGAGUCAUACUUGAAAAACACAUACAAGGAAAUGGAGGUGACCGAAGAUGAGUGGGACCGUAUUAGAAUGAAGGGUUGA